AACUUUCCCUCGAAAGAGAAACCGAAUGGUCUUUAACCCCCGAGCACCAGACAAUGUUACCAAACAACCGGCGCCUGGAGCAAGAACCCCGACUGCCCCGUGUGCCAGGACCCCCUCAACGACCUGGCAAGCCCCCUCCCCUUUGCCCAUUGCUCACAGAGCCGGCUCAUCUGCCACCUCUCGGGGGACACGCUCAACGAACACAACCCCCCUCUCAUGCUCCCGAACGGCUACGUCUACGGAGAAGCUGCCCUGAGGAAGAUGGCGAUGGAGAGCAGCGGGAGGAUCGUUUGCCCCCGCACAAAAGAAGUGUUUCAUAUCGACGACGUGGAGAAAAUUUUCGUCAUGUGAUCUUGAGUCGAUGAAACCGACGCUUUUCUUCGUCGCUUGUGUUUGAGGCAUAUAUUAAAUGAAAGC